GUCUCUGCUAGAAACCACUAGAACAAGAGCAAGGCAUCACAGCUAUAUCGUCUCCUUAUCUUAAACGAUAUUUCGGUGAACCCUUAACAAGAUUUCGACGAGAUUAAGAUAUGUUCUUCUUCUUCGUUGGUGGAUUAGGCCAACAGGUGAGGCAGGUGCUGAAAUCCGGCGCCGGUAAAUGUAUAAGAUGCGGCUCUGAAGCCGAUUUAGUCGAUUACGACAAAGUCGUGAAGCUGUUCUUCGUUCCUGUCUGGAAAUGGCCAGGGAAAGAUCCUCUACUCCAUUGUAGAGAGUGCGAUCUGUUUUUCCCUCAGUCUCUAUCACCACCAGUCUCUCUAGCUACGUGCCGUUUCUGUGAUCGAGCCGUUGAGCCUGAUUUCCGUUUUUGCCCCUUUUGUGGCUCUUCUAUGUGAAAAUCUUAGUCUGUACUUCAAGUCUGCAAAUUUGAUCUUAUCUCUCUUAAGAUGUUUUGUAUUUAUGUCUGCAAGUUUGAUCAUGUCUCCAAACUCUCUGUCCUGAUGUCUGAUAUUCAAUUUCUCAUUCACUGUACACAGGA